AUGUUCGUGUCUUGGGAUAAGACCAACCAACUGACGUUUGGAUCUACCAAGCUUCCUCCCGAUCAUGAAAGAGUCAAUACCUUUGUUGACCAAGAUGGACUCGCUUGGAAGAUGAUCACUUGGUGGGACGCAUACUUGGGUCAUACCCAUCCGGAUCAAGUCAGCUUUUACGCCUACCCAAUGACUGAUAAAGAGCGUCAGAAGGAGAAUGCCGCCAUGAAACUCCGUGACAUCGAGUACAACGCCCAAAAUCCUCAUGACCCGAAACAAAUCGUUGACUAUGACAUUUGGUACAAACCUGCCAACGUCGCCAUGAACCGUCAUCCUGGAAACAUCGGUCACAAUGCCAUCACCACUCAAUUCAAGAAGUUGUGA